AACAGUCUCUGGAGCAGGACCUGCUGCUUUCCUCUUGAGUCUGAUGCUGGUGUCGCUUCAAAGAAAGUAAGGAACAAUGAGGACCCUUUUCAUUCCCAUUCUGUGUGUCGCCACGCUGGCCCUGUGUGCGUCUGACUCCCCCCCCACGAGUGAAGACGUGCUGAAAAAGCUGUCUGCGGCCGGGGAGCCGUACGUUGAGGAGGAAAUAAAGCAGACCGUGUUGGCGGUGAAGCAGGUGAAGGAAAUGAUGGACAAGAGAGAGGAGAACCACAGACACCUGAUGGAUGCCCUGAGACACGGCAGCGUCAAAAAGAGGGGGGCCACGCAGUUGGCCAAGGAGACGGAGCAGAAACUCAAGGAGGUGGAGCAGCAGUGUCAAGACUCCAUCAAGGCCUCCUUCAGGGAGUGUCGGCCGUGUCUGGAGGAGUCCUGUAAAUCCUUCUACACGUCCACGUGUCGCCGCGGUUUCACCUCGUUCUCGUUCAAGGUGGAGGAGUUUUUCAGAAAAAUGGCCACCCAGUUGGAAGGAACAGAGCAAGUUUACAAUCCGAACCAGGAGGAUUCGGAUAAACCCCCAUCGGCUGAUAACCGGGUCGUAGAAGAAGAGAUCGAUCUGGAGCUGUCCCAGGCCGAAUCGGCAUUUGGCCAGCUUUUGUCCGAGAUCGGCCUCCUGUACGACCGCACCAUCCUUCUGGCCGGGAGGGUGCCGCGGGUGUUCGGCCGCUCCUUCCUCGCGUCUCUGACCUCCGACCUCCAGCUCAGCUCGCCGUCGGCCGCCCGGGACGGAUCCGACGCCGGCUUCUUCAAGAACCUGGGCCUGGACCACAUCGUCCACUCGGCCUACGGCUUCGGGAAGGAGGUGCUGGAGGAGUUCGGCUCCAUGGUGACCGGCGUGUUCGGCGAGACGCACGGAGCCCGGGAGCAUUUUCAGCCAUCGGGCAGAGACUCCGGGUCGCCCUCCGCUUUGGAUCAGCCUCCCAGUGGAUACCUGUGCAGGCAGCUCCGCAGACAGGCCUCAGAAUGCUUUCAGCUUCAGAACCUGUGUGAGACCUGCCAGGAGGAUCUGAUAAAAGAGUGCCCCUCCGUGCAGCACGUGCAUUCGGAGAUGGACGAGAUGCAGAUGCUGCUGAAUGCGUCCAGUCAGCAGUACGAGCAGCGGCUGCAGCUGGUUCAGAGACACACGGCGGACACUCAGAGGUGGCUCAGCAACAUGCAGGACAAGUACGACUGGGUCAGCCUGCUGUCCAACUCCACGGGGAGUCCGACUAGCACCUUCAAAGUGAUCGCGGUUAAUCUACAGCACCAAGUGAGGAGUAACAAGCCUACAGGGGACCGAAGUGUGAGCAUCUCCAUAUUGGAUUCGGCCCCAAUAACCCUUCAGGUGCCACCAGAUCUGGGUGUGGAUGAUCCUGCUUUUAUCCAAUACGUUGCUCGAGAAGGUCUGGCACACCUCAAGCAGCUGAUUAGAGGAAAGAACUGACCCUCUUCUCAUCCAGACUCAGAAGCUAAAGAAAGACUUCUGUACUGCAGUACAACCCACUUUUCUUGCACAAUUAUAAGUUUGUAAAACUUGAAAAUGCACUGUAUAGACCUCAAAACCUCAAAAGCAAA